AUGGCUGCAAAUUCUGAAGAUGUAAGUGAAGCUCUGUAUAAAACCGAAAUCCGAAAUUUUUUAGAUGAAAAACCAAAGUUUCACUUUUUUUUAAAUUUUAGGGUUAAAACUAGUUUUUUUUCAAAACUGUACUGUUGUCGAACUUUGUUAAAUUCCGAUGGCUUUAAAACUUGAAAACCUAAAAAAAGAUGAAUAUUUUCAGAUUUAUCGAAAUCUUUCGGCGGAUGAUUAUGAAGCUGCACCAAUUGUUGUUGAAAGUGUUUGUCCGAAUUGUGAAGAAAAUGUAAGAUACACAUUUUUAUUCCCAAAAAUUAAACAUUUUUGUACAGGGUGAAACUCGAAUAAUGUGCACCGCAAUUCCAUAUUACAAAGCAGUCAUUCUGAUGUCAUUUGAAUGUCCACAUUGUGCUUAUAAAAACAAUGAAAUCCAAAGUGGAGAAGCUGUUCAAGAACAUGGAAAUGAAUUAGUUUUGAGAGUUCAAAAACAAGAAGAUUUGAGACGACAACUCGUCAAAUCCGAAUAUGCUUCGAUUGAAAUUCCAGAAAUUGAAUUGACAAUUCCGAGUAAAAGUCAACCAGGAGAAGUGACGACUGUUGAAGGAGUUCUUCAAAGAGUUCAUCAGGGAUUGUCUCAAGAUCAGGUUAGCUGAGAAGAAGAAAGAAUUAAUAGUUUAUGCAUUUUAUUUCAGGAAAAAAGGCGACUUUUGGAUGAAGAAUCAGCGAUUCAAAUUGAUGCAUUUUUAAAAAGAUUGGAAGGAUUAAUGGAUUUGAAAGAAAAUUGGACAUUGAAAUUGAGAGAUCCAACUGGAAAUUGUUAUAUUCAAAAUCCGGAUGUGAGACAUGUUGAUGCACGAUGUAUUAUCUCGCAUUAUCAUCGAAAUUUGGAAGAGAGAAAAAUGUUGGGAUUAGCAGCUGAUGAGUUAGUUAUUUUUGAAGUUAUCUCUUACUUAUUAUAGAAAUUUUUAGCGAAGUUGAAGAAGAAACACUCGCUCCAGCUUUUGAGUCAUACGAGGAUGCCAAGAAUGAAGUUUUGCAUUUUGGUACGAGUUGUCCAAAUUGUCAUGCACAAACUUCGGUGAAUAUGAAACCAACAGGUAAUUUUAUGGAUUUUUUUGGAUUCGUGAAAUUAAUAUGAAAAUCUUUUUCAGAUAUUCCAUUCUUUCAAACAGUUAUUAUUAUGUCAUUACAUUGCGAACAUUGUGGAUAUAAAUCGAAUGAAGUGAAAAGUGGAGGAGCAAUUAAACCGCAAGGUUGUAAAUUGACUGUUCGAAUUGAAAAAGAUUUGGAUUUGGCAAGAGAUGUUUUGAAAACCGAUACUUGUGCUAUGCGAAUUCCGGAAAUUGAUUUGGAAGUUGGAGGAGCUGCGUUGUGUGGAAGAUUUACGACGAUUGAAGGUAUAGAAACCUUUCGGUUUUUACUCGGAAUCCGUUUUCAGUGAUUAUAAUUUUAAAAUACUCCAGAAGUUUUUCAAAAAAAAUUGAAAAUCAAAUGUUUCAGGAUUGCUAACUGCAACAAAAGAGCAACUCGAUGCUCAAAGUUCAUUUUUCAUGGGAGAUUCGGCUGAAAAUGAGGAAAAAGCAGAAGUCACAAAUUUCUUGACAAAAUUGGAUGAUAUUAUUGCAUUGCGAAUGCCAGCGACUAUUAUUUUAGAUGAUCCAACUGGUUGUAGUUAUGUUCAGGUAAUUUAUACAGAAUGAAGAGGCCACUUGGAAAUUUGAAAAAAAAUUUUAGAGUUUAACCGCGCCAUUAGAUGAUAGUCGAUUGGAUAAAGAAUUUUAUACGCGUUCUUAUGAGCAAAAUGAUGAAUUGGGGUUGAAUGAUAUGAAAGUUGAGAAUUAUGGAGAAUUGGAAAAUUUGGCGGAAGAAGAUGAGGAAGAAGGGGAAUCUACAGAUGCUAAAUAA